AUGAAUUUGGGUUUUAAAAUUUUAAGAAGCGGAUUUAAUUUGAUCAAAAGAAGAGAAAAUCAUAGAUUGGCACAAAAAUUUUUUUUUUCACCAGGCGUUCACCAGAUCAGGAAUAAAACAGAUAAAUUCGUACGACAAAUUGCAACGACGAAAAAAAACGAACAAAAAUAUAGGAAAGCUAAAUACGAAGAAGAUACGGAUUCGGAUUCUGACACAGAUGAUGAUGAAAAACAUUAUUCGAAAGAAAGGGGCGAAUCAGAAUUUUGGAAAACGAAAAUGAGAACGCUUCACAGGAUAUUAGACGUAAAUAAAGAUGGCGUCGUUUCAUUCGACGAUUUUAAACUUCUCACGGAAAGAUUUACGGAUUUGGGUCAUCUCACUCCCGAACACCACGAUGAAUUCCAAGAAAAAAUAAGGGAAGCUUGGGAACUGCAAAGAGGAACGGUCGAUCCUUACAACGUUGUCACGACUGAACAAUUUUUGGAAGACAUGCAUCACAUAUUAAACGAUAAAGAUUUGCGAAAGAAAAUUCACAGUUUUCUACCAUUUUUCUUUAAGGCUGUGGAUCAAGAUCACGAUGGGGAAAUAACAAUCGAUGAAUAUAAAAUAUUUUUUCAAUGUCUCGGACUAUCCGAAGCCGAUGCCAUUUGCUCGUUUCGAUCCAUAGACGUCAACAACGAUGGAAAAUUAAGCGUUAAAGAAUUCGUAGAUUUAGGACGGGAAUAUUUACUCUCGGAAGAUUCUAGAACUCCGAGUAAAUUUUUCUGGGGACCUUUGGUCGACGAUCAUUUUCACAAAUCGUAA